CGCGGAGGUCAUAGCAUCACACACAUACACAAUGGGGCGGGAACACCUCAGCAACGACGAGUUCUUCACUCAACUCGGCAACCUCUUCGAGCACAAUCGCAAAAAAGGCCACGGCAGCGUCUACCUCACACAGAAGCGUCUGAUAUUCGACUCGGCUUCGACACCAGCUACGCCCACAAAAGUCGCCGAUGACCCAUUAUGGGACACACAUCCUGAGAACCCCCUACCAGUCUUGAUCCGCGCAUCGAACAACGCGAGCGACAAGAAGGCUGGGACCGAGAGGCAGGAUGUUGCAAAGAUUGUCCUGAGCACUAUCGUAGAGCCAGGUGACAUUGACACCUUCUACAUAAGAUACGCAGAGGCAUGCAAGGCGGGCAUGUCUUCCUUGAAGAAGAGGGAUAGGAAGAAGGGCAAGAAGGACAAGAAGAGGAAGAAGGUUGCUGUGUAGAUGCAUCAAGGCAGGGAUAGAGAAAACAAGCUAAGGAGCCGUGUCUACAUGACGGAAACGAGGAUGAGGGGGCAUGUUCGACGGCUCGGUACAGUGCACAGUGCCAAACAUGCAGCCACCGAUCAGCGGCAGAGCUUCAGAAGGCAUGGGGAGGGGCAUUCAGAGUGGUCACACGACCAGUCGACUGCUCAGAGGGACGACACAACCGCAUGUUUCCUCGAUGCAGUCAUGGAGAUGCAUUUCGGUACAGCCAUAUACCCACAAUGACACAUUAUCAAGACGC